UUGUUUUUUUGUUUCCUCUAAGGACAUGUAUCAGUAAAAUACUGCUGGGGACAGUGAAGAACAGGGCCUCUAUCUGGAGUCAAGGCCAGAGCUCCCUCUUCCGCCAUCCCACAAGUCCCAGCCAGCGCUGAUACAGACUUUCUUCCUAAGAGUCCAGAGGGAUAUUGUUCCAUACGUGCUUGAGAAAAGAACAAAGGAGAAUUGUUGUUACAGGCAUCUUCCAUUCCACUCCGGGCUACCGGGUCAGAAAGAUGCCUCUGUCCCUGCUGCUUACCUGUGUCUUCUCCACAGUCACCUCGGUGUCUCCCAUGGCUCUAGAUCCUUGUUUUGCUUAUAUCAGUCUGAAUGAGCCCCGGAGGAACACUGACUACCAGUUUGAUGAGUCCCAAAGUGAACCUCUUUGCGACAACUAUAUGGAUGGGGAGUGGUAUCGUUUCACUGGUAUGGCAGGAGAUGCCAUGCCCACCUUCUGCAUACCAGAAAACCACUGUGGGACCCAUGCACCUGUCUGGCUCAACGGCAGCCACCCCCUAGAACGGGAUGGCAUUGUGCAGCGCCAGGCCUGUGCCAGCUUCAAAGGAAACUGCUGUCUGUGGAAUACCACGGUGGAGGUCAAGGCCUGCCCUGGAGGCUACUAUGUGUAUUGGCUGGCCAAGCCCAGUGUCUGCUUCCAAGUCUACUGUGGCCAUUUCUAUGACAUCUGUGAUGAGGACUGUCAGGGCGACUGCUCGGACACCAAGUGUGCGUGUUCUCCAGGAACCUUGCUGGGCCCAGAUGGACAGACGUGCUUCGAUGAAAAUGAAUGUGAGCACAACAAUGGCGGCUGCGAUGAGAUCUGUGUGAACCUCAAAAACUCACACCGCUGCGCAUGCGGGGUCGGCCGCGUGCUCAGGAGCGAUGGAAGGACUUGCGAAGUAGAGGGCUCCAGGAUGAUGCUCACCCUUGCUGGUCCCUCUGAAGACAUCGAAGGAUGCCACAGCAACAACGGAGGCUGCAGCCAUUUCUGCCGAGGGUCUGAAAAGGGCGUUCAGUGUGAAUGUCCCCGGGGCUUGGUGCUGUCUGAAGAUAACCACACUUGCCAAGUCCCUGUGUUGUGCAAGUCCAGCGCCAUUGAAGUGAGUGUCCCCCGGGAGCUGGUUGAAGGCCUGGAGCUCUUCCUGACCAACACCUCCUGCAAAGGAGUGUCCAACGGCACCCACGUCAACAUCGUCUUCUCCCUCAAGACCUGCGGCACUGUGGUUGAUGUGGUGAAUGACAAAAUCGUGGCCAGCAACCUCGUGACGGGUCUGCCCAAGCAGACCCCUGGGAGCAGCGGAGACAUCAUCAUUCGGACCAGCAAACUGCUGAUCCCGGUGACCUGCGAGUUCCCCCGCCUGUACACCAUCUCGGAAGGAUACGUGCCCAACCUGCGCAACGCCCCACUGGAAAUCAGGAGCCGAAACCACGGCAUCUUCCCCUUCACGCUGGAGAUCUUCAAGGACCACGAGUUCGAGGAACCGUACCGGGAGACUCUGCCCAUACUCAAGCUUCGCGACUCGCUCUACUUCGGCAUCGAGCCCCUGGUGCACGUGAACGGCCUGGAGAGCCUGGUAGAGAGCUGCUUUGCCACGCCCACUGCGCAGAUGGAUGAAAUCCUCAAGUACUACUUGAUCCAAGACGGCUGUGUUUCCGAUGACUCAGUAAAGCAGUACUCAUCCAGGGACCACCUAGCAAAGCACUUCCAAGUCCCCGUCUUCAAGUUUGUGGGCAAAGACCACAAGGAGGUAUUUCUGCACUGCCGGGUCCUUGUGUGUGGGAUGCUGGAUGAGCGGUCCCGCUGUGCCCAGGGCUGCCACCGGCGCGUGCGUCGUGAGGUGGGUGAAGACGAGGACUCUGCCGGGCUGCAGAGCCAGACGCUGACAGGCGGCCCCAUCACCAUCGACUGGGAGGACUAGUUCCUGCUCCCUUACUUCCAGUCAUCCUCUCUAGAACGACUUCCUGUGUCCUCGGAGAACAUCCUAGAACCUCCUAAGGCACCUGGCUUCUUUAAAUCGUGUACUGUGAGCUUAGACAAGCCCACCCCAUGAAAGGACUGACUGGCUGGUUUUGUUCCUGGGUUGGUCCAAAUCAGACCACUGCUGGCCUGUGUGGCCUAGGUGGGGCCUCAGCUUCUGGAUUCAAAGCACUGCAUUUGUCCUCAGGGAAGGACACUUCCCUAGUUUCCUCCGUUCCUUUCUUACAAUGAAAUACCUCGUUUAUGGUGUAACAGGGCCACUAACAUGAGGAGCUGGAAAUGACAGUCCAAGCCAAAACCCUAAAAUAAUAAAUUACUAAGAGUAUAACCCAUGAUCUCCUAAAUAUCUAAUAAUUGUGACCUAAAAUCUCAACUCCAGUAUAGAGUAUUUAAAGAAGAUUUGAAAGUUUAUCAAUAAAAAUAACGUGUCAGAGAAAACGCAAUAGGUUGAAUGUUGCAAAAUAAUUUUUGGUGUAUUCAUAUUGCCUUGAGUGAAAUGUUUUCACCUAAAAAUACACCCAUAAGGUGCUUAAGAGUAUUGUCUGCUCUUGCAGAGGACCCGGGUUCGAUUCCCAGCACUCCCAUGGUGGCUCACAACUGUCUGUAACUCUGGUUCCAGGGAUCCAAUGACUACUUCUGAACCCCCCCCCCAGGUAUCAGACAUGCAUAUGCUGCGUAAACAUACAUGUAGGCAAAACACCCAUACAUGUAAGUAAAAUAAGUGAAUUUUUUAAAUGAUCAGAAUGCACGUAAGUAGGUCAAUGGCUCUAUUACAAGCAAACUAAAUGUUUGCUUAUUAGUAUUCUGUGUCCUCGGUUAGGUAAGACAAUAGGGUAAGGUAUACAAUUAUAUCAAACUCUUACUUUGCAGGUGCUCAAUAAAUUUUAUUGAAAUAAAUAUCAUAAACUAUAAAGAAAAA